CACCUCCCCGUGACGACCACCACACGCCGGCGUCAGUGGUCAUGGUCACGUCACGCACGCCGACGACUCCCAGUCCCAGCUCCAGGACACGACACCUCUAACCGGCGCUGGCUGCCAUGCUGCCGCUCGCAUACCCCGCCGGCCACAGCCAACUCCAUCUCCAUCUCCACCUCCCUCCCGCAGCGCUGCAGCGCGCUGCCGCUCCGGGUCGAGCCUACCUUCCCAGUCGCCGCGGCGCCCGAACCUUCGCCGGAGCGCGCCCUCCCGGUUCCAGCGCGGGGGCGGCCGGAACUGAGACCACCUCUACCACUAGCGGCAGCGUCUUGUCGUUCCUGUGUCCGCUCCUCAAACUCCUCGGGGGAGGCGAUCCUUCGCAGCAGCGCAACGACGUUGUGGAGGUCACGACAUCUUCAAUUUCAAGUUUAGCUAGACUGCAAUGGGGAUCAAAAGUGGCUACUAGCAGUGGGGAGAACAUAGAUUCGGCAAUAAGCACUCCAACUCUUCAAUUGUAUGAGUUUGAGGCAUGUCCCUUCUGUAGGAGAGUUCGGGAGGCCAUGACCGAGCUUGACCUUUCUGCAGAGGUUUAUCCAUGUCCAAAAGGGUCACUAAGGCACAGAGAUGUGGUCAAGAAAAUUGGAGGGAAGGAGCAGUUUCCACUCCUUAUUGACGCUAGUACUGGUAUCUCAAUGUAUGAAAGUGGAGAUAUUGUGAAGUACCUGUUCAGGCAGUAUGGACAAGGAAAGAGUCCUUCUCCUGGACUUCUUGAGAGUACAAUUUUCACAGGAUGGGUGCCCACUCUUCUUAGAGCUGGAAGAGGAAUGACACUGUGGAACAAAGCUGGUGCUGUACCUGCAGAGAAGUUGGAGCUGUUCUCAUAUGAGAAUAAUUCUUAUGCAAGGAUAGUUCGAGAGGCUCUCUGUGAAUUGGAGCUUCCUUAUGUUCUCCAGAACGUUGGAGAGGGAUCAUCAAAGACAGAUUUGCUUCUAAGGAAGUCGGGCUCUAAGCAGGUGCCAUAUCUGAUUGACCCUAACACUGGAUUCCAGUCGAACGACCAUAAGAAGAUACUAGCUUACUUAUUCCAGCAGUACUCACUUAGUAGCCAGUAGAAAGCAGACGUCCACAACUUCACUGUAUGUUUUAUAUGAUCUUACAUAUGUGCUGGUACAGUGUAUCAGACGUGGUUUGUACAUAUACUUGGUCUGCUGCACUUGUGUUCCUCACAUGACACUUCAUUUCUCCCCAGCUAAAAAGCCCCAAAGCAAUGUUGUUCGUACUA